GUCGUUGUCGUUGUUGUAGUCGUCGUCGUAGUUGUUGUACUACAAUACACAGUCACAGUCCAGACUUUGUCUUUUGAUAUUUGCGUGGUUCGCUGAAUCGGAAGGUACCAGAAGCAGAUAGGCAUAUUAAUCAGGCGCAGACAGAACAAGGCAACAACGUUCCUCAUUUUAAUUCCCGCUACAGUUACAACAAAUUGGCGACGCGGUUUAUCUCAAUUCAUUACGGUUAUAACAAUUGGCGACGGGGUUUUACUUUCAUUCAUUGCAGUUAUAACAAUUGGCGACGGGGUUUUACUUUAAUUCACUGCAGUUAUAACAAGCAAGCGACGACGUGUUUUAUUCUGUUCAGCGCAUCUAUAGAACAUUUUUGACUGUGUUAAUUACAACCCAAUUACAAUGUCUAUCUCUCUGGACGAUCUCAAAUCCAUCUUGCAGCAGCAGCAAGUUCAGAAUGAAGCAGCUCAACUGAAAUUAAUCGAAGCUCUCACUCAGAAGCUGUCCAUUCAAGUUCCGUCAACAUCUUAUUCAGACAAAUAUGAAAGCAUCUCAAAUUCCAUCAGUGAAUUCAACUACGACCCAAUAUCUGGUCUCGUAUUUGAUGCAUGGUUCAAUCGUUAUGAAGACGUUUUUCGUAUUGAAUGCCACAUGUUUGAUGAUGCUGCCAAAGUUCGAUUGUUACUACGAAAACUUGGUACUGUUGAGCACAACAGAUAUGUUAACUUCAUUCUGCCUAAGAACCCACGUGAAUUAUCAUUCGAUGAGACAGUCACCGUUUUAUCACAAAUCUUUGGUGAACAGUCAUCCAUGUUUAAUAUUCGGUAUCAAUGUUUUCAGUUGACAAAAAUACCUUCCGAUGAUUAUGUUACUUACGCUGGCAAAGUGAACAAAGAAUGCGAAAGGUUCAAACCACACGAAAUGACAUCAGAUCAGUUCAAGUGUUUGAUUUUUAUUUGUGGCUUGAAGAACCCAGAAGAUACUGACAUAAGAACUCGACUUCUGUCACUCGUGGAACAAGACCCGAAAAUGACUUUACAAAUGGUGACAGCAGAAUGCCAACGCUUAAUCAACUUGAAGCACGAUACUGCUAUGGUGGAGUGCAAACGACAGUCGUCUGAAUUUGAUUCAGUUAACACAGUGAAAAGUCCUCCGAUCACCGUUAAGCACACAGCACGUCAGUCUCAGAAUUCAGCUAAACCUCCUUCAGUGUGCUGGCACUGUGGUUCGUGGCAUUUUGUCAAGUUCUGUCCUUUCAAGAAACAUAAAUGCCGUAAUUGUCACCGUUUUGGACAUAAAGAGGGUUACUGUCCACCACAGAAAAAUUCUUCGAUGAAGAACAGAAGUAGUCGUUUCAAGCCGAAACAAUCUCCUCGAGUACAGACCAUUUUCACAACUUCCAAAGUCGAUUUCGCCAGCAAACGUAAGUAUAUUACACUACGCAUUAACGGCAAAUCUAUUCGUCUUCAGUUGGAUACGGCAUCAGAUAUCACUUUAAUUUCCCGAACUACGUGGCGCAAACUUGGGUGCCCACAGAUUCUGCCGACCGAGCAUGUCGCUAAGAAUGCCUCAGGAGACAUACUGAAACUCGUGGGUGAGAUAAAUUGCCAGGUUUUAUUUGGUGAGCAACAGUUCAAUGGUGUAUGUUAUGUCACAAACUACCAUGAUUUGAAUUUGCUUGGUCUUGACUGGUUAGACAAGCUCCAUUUCUUCAAUGUACCGUUAAAUUCAGUAUGCUCUAAUGUUUCGUCCUCACCAAAGAACGUUGUUCCCGGACAUGUAUCUGAUCAGUCUCUCUUGCAACGCCUGCGUGCUUAUGCAAAACCGAAGGGGGAGGGAACAACAGAAGAAAUUUUGGAUAGAUCCUUGCUACGUUAUCAUCGUACGACGCCAAAUCCUUCCACAGCCGAAAGCCCGGGACGCAGAUCACAAUCUAUCCAGUACGCGAAAGUCAACUCGACAAAGAAGAGCUCCAAAACCUUUUCAAAUAGGUUCAAAAAGCAAGUCCUACACUUUUAACGGGGGGAGGUGAUAGGAUCCCACACACUUUGUUAUUGUUCAAUUAUCUUAACGACUGUUAAUCUCGUAUAAGUUGUAUAUCAUCAAUUCUCACACACUUUGUUAUUGUCAAUUAUCUUAAUGACUGUUAAUCUCGCAUAUGUGUUAUAUUAUCAUUUCCCAGGCACUUUGUUAUUGUUCAGUUAUCUUAAUGACUGUUAAUCUCGCAUAAGUGGUAUAUCAUCAUUCCCACGCAUUUUGUUAUUGACUAUUACGACCAAUUAUUUCAAAUACUGUUAGCUGUCUCUAUUGGUUGUAAAAUUGUAUAAAUACCAUUUCCUAAAUAAGUUUAUUUGUCGUCGUUGUCGUUGUUGUAGUCGUCGUCGUAGUUGUUGUACUACAAUACACAGUCACAGUCCAGACUUUGUCUUUUGAUAUUUGCGUGGUUCGCUGAAUCGGAAGGUACCAGAAGCAGAUAGGCAUAUUAAUCAGGCGCAGACAGAACAAGGCAACAACGUUCCUCAUUUUAAUUCCCGCUACAGUUACAACAAAUUGGCGACGCGGUUUAUCUCAAUUCAUUACGGUUAUAACAAUUGGCGACGGGGUUUUACUUUCAUUCAUUGCAGUUAUAACAAUUGGCGACGGGGUUUUACUUUAAUUCACUGCAGUUAUAACAAGCAAGCGACGACGUGUUUUAUUCUGUUCAGCGCAUCUAUAGAACAUUUUUGACUGUGUUAAUUACAACCCAAUUACAAUGUCUAUCUCUCUGGACGAUCUCAAAUCCAUCUUGCAGCAGCAGCAACUUCAGAAUGAAGCAGCUCAACUUAAAUUAAUCGAAGCUCUCACUCAGAAGCUGUCAAUUCAAGUUCCAUCAACAUCUCAUUCAGACAAAUAUGAAAGCAUCUCAAAUUCCAUCAGUGAAUUCAACUACGACCCAAUAUCUGGUCUCGUAUUUGAUGCAUGGUUCAAUCGUUAUGAAGACGUUUUUCGUAUUGAAUGCCACAUGUUUGAUGAUGCUGCCAAAGUCCGAUUGUUACUACGAAAACUUGGUACUGUUGAGCACAACAGAUAUGUUAACUUCAUUCUGCCUAAGAACCCACGUGAAUUAUCAUUCGAUGAGACAGUCACCGUUUUAUCACAAAUCUUUGGUGAACAGUCAUCCAUGUUUAAUAUUCGGUAUCAAUGUUUUCAGUUGACAAAAAUGCCUUCCGAUGAUUAUGUUACUUACGCUGGCAAAGUGAACAAAGAAUGCGAAAGGUUCAAACCACAUGAAAUGACAUCAGA